AUGUCCGACUUUGAGGAUGAUAUGGAGCUGGACGCUCCAGCGUCCAAGGACAAGACCAUACUGUUCAGUUCAGACAACACUGCAGGAAAACAGAAACGAAUAGUGGCCGAUCUCCCAGUCGAAGCAGAGGAUAAUUUACCAUGGGUUGAGAAAUACCGCCCGAACACCCUCGAUGAUGUCUCCGGCCACAAAGACAUCAUAGCAACAAUCAAUAGAUUCGUCGAACAGAACAGACUCCCCCACCUCCUACUCUACGGCCCACCUGGUACGGGAAAAACUUCAACUAUCCUGGCGCUGGCGAGGCAGAUAUACGGGCCCAAGAACAUGCGGCAGAUGGUGUUGGAACUGAACGCCUCUGAUGACCGAGGAAUUGAUGUGGUGCGGGAACAGAUCAAGACAUUUGCAUCUACGAAACAGAUAUUCAGCUCUUCGACGCAACAGGGGUCCUCCUCGGCCAAGUUUGGUCUGGGUGCGUUCAAGCUGAUCAUUCUGGACGAGGCAGAUGCCAUGACUUCGGCGGCUCAGAUGGCGCUGAGAAGAAUAAUGGAGAAAUACACAGCAAACACCAGAUUCUGCAUUAUUGCCAAUUACACGCACAAGCUAUCACCUGCGCUGCUAUCCCGGUGUACCAGAUUCCGUUUCUCGCCACUCAAGAAAGAAGAUAUCCGCCGUUUGGUGGACCAUGUUAUCGCACAAGAACAUGUCAACAUCGCGCCGGAAGCCGUCGACUCGCUGGUUGAGCUCUCCAAGGGCGAUAUGCGGCGGGCUUUGAACGUCCUGCAGGCUUGUCAUGCAGGAUCCAGACCACUUCCUAUGAAAGGCCAACCACCCGUCAAGGAGGCAGACAUCAACCACGAACUAAUAACCAAUGGCACCAUCUACACCUGUAUCGCCGCACCUCAUCCGGAAGACGUUCGACUGAUCAUGACCACGAUGCUGAGCACACCAGACAUGACUAGUUGUCUUAACACGAUCAAUGCAUUGAAGAGUAGUCGUGGCUUGGCACUGGCAGACAUACUGACGGCAUUGGCAGAUGAGUUGCAGACUCUUGCCGUCAGCACGGCGACCAGGGUCACAUGGCUGCAAGGUUUAGCGGAGAUCGAGUAUAGGCUCGCUGGAGGUGGUAGCGAGGCUGUGCAAACAGGCGGUAUGGUUGGCGUGGUGAGGAUGGGGUGCGAACUGAUGGGAGAGAGGGGGGUGGGGGAGAAGAUGAGUAUCGAUGGCUAA